CUCUCUGUCGUCAGCUGCUUGUUGCAGACGAAGCCGGUUAUAUUAAUCCGACAGAAAAAUAGCGUGUUUUGAAUCGAAAUGGCGUUGAAUAUCAAGAAAGUGUUAAUUAGCGAUGAGAUUGAUGAAAAGUGUGUGAAAAUUUUACGCGACAAUUCAAUUGAAGCAGUUAAAAAUACAAAAUUAAGCAAAGAAGAGCUGCUAGUGGAAAUUCCCAAAUACGACGGACUAAUCGUCCGAUCAGCCACCAAGGUUACUGCUGAGGUCAUCAAUGCCGGAAAGAAUUUAAAAAUAAUUGGAAGGGCCGGCACCGGCACCGAUAAUAUUGAUGACAAGGCUGCGACGAAGAGAGGCGUUGUAGUUAUGAACACUCCUGCCGGUAACACGUUGAGUGCUGCAGAACAUACUUGUUGCAUGAUCGUGUGCCAGGCCAGGAAUAUCGCCGAAGCCAGAGCCACCAUGCGCGAAGGUAAAUGGGACAGAAAGAAGUUUAUGGGAAACGAGCUUUUCGGUAAGACACUCGCUAUCAUUGGUCUAGGAAGAAUCGGUAGAGAGGUGGCAACUAGAAUGCAAUCCUUUGGUAUGACUACAAUUGGCUAUGAUCCCAUCAUACCUGGAUCAGUCUCAGCUGAAUUUAAUGUCGAAUGGCUUGAACUAAAAGAUAUUUGGCCUAGAGCAGAUUAUAUUACAGUUCAUACCCCCCUAAUUCCACAAACAAAAAAUCUCUUGAACGACGAAGUGUUUGCAGCUUGUAAGAAGGGAGUUAAAAUCAUCAACUGUGCCAGAGGUGGUAUUAUUGAUGAAGCUGCUCUUAUUAGAGCCCUGGACAGUGGACAGUGCUCUGGAGCAGGUCUUGAUGUUUUUGUUCAAGAGCCUCCGCCCGCCGAUGAUCCCCUUCGAAGUCAUCCUUUGGUUACUUGCACUCCCCAUUUAGGUGCUUCUACCGUUGAAGCACAAAAUAGAGUUGCCGAAGAAAUUGCUCAACAAUUUGUUGAUGCAAGAGACGGAAAACAAUUAUUUGGCGCAAUUAAUGCCCAAGCCUUAACGAACGCUCUAAAACCAGAAGCUCAGCCGUGGGUUCAAUUGGGCAAAGAUAUCGGCCGCUUGGCUGCAGCUUUAUUUAAAAUUGACUCAUCAACAACAGUCAAAUUGAUUACUAUGGGUCCCGACUUUUCCCAGGCUAAAUCUUACCUUCCGGCUGCCUGUCUGAUGGGUCUGUUGAAAGAUGAUUCAUUAAAUUUGGUUUCAGCUCCAGCUGAAGCUAAAUUGAAGAAUAUAUCAGUUAGUGCAGAACAUCACGAGACCCCUUGUGGUCCUGUAAUCGAUUUGGAAGUGAAAAAUGGUGAAACUUCCGUUCACUUUGGAGGUGUAUGCAGCCUCACUCAUGGAAUUCUUGUACAACUGGACGGUUAUUUUGCACAACCGGUAGUACUUGAAGGUACUUUGGCUUUUAUUGAUUCAAAAUACUUUCCCAAAGUUCUGGCAACAGCUACAAAAAGUGAUAAACCCAUAAUGACCUCAUUUUCAACAACUAGGCCUAAUUCAUCAUCGAAUUAUUGGUGUGUCCUUCAAGUUGAGGACGGCUGUACAAGUUCUAAACUAGGAUUAGAGGAUGCUGAAGUUGUCAUAUUGAAAUUUAAUGAUCCUCAAUGUUAAAUAUCUAGUGUCAUAUUUCUUUCAAUCACAGGGUAGUUACCUAAACACCUGAUUUUAAUAAAUAUUUGACAAUUUUUAGUUCUCGUCAAUAAGAGCUUUUGACUUUUUUCUUCCAUUGACUAGGUUUAUCG